CGAUACUACAAUGUCCUCAUCCCUACCAUCUCUGCCAUCUUGAGCUCCAGUUACUCUUCGCCACGUGCUGGCAGUGGAGGGCAGCUGCAUUGUCUUACGCCUACCACAACAGCAGCAGCCACAAUGUCACACCUCCACGCCCGCAAUCUCCUUCACACUCACAGACGCUCUCUCACCGCCAUCAGCCCCAACAUUCACAAGAUUUUUCUGGCCGUUCGCCCUUGUCGACGACCACACACAAGUUCUCACCAGGGUUAUGAUGUUCCUGGUGACAUCGUGACCAAGGUGCCCAUGGUCGCGAUCAAGGUUCUGGAUAUGGACAUGUAUCUCAUUCUCAUUCGCACUCGCACUCGCGUUCAGGUGCUGGAAGUCCUGAUUCUUAUUCUCAAUCAUUCCCCAGCUAUUCAUCUAUGCACCCACACCAGCAUCAACAGCACCAUUUCCCUUCCUCGCCUCACCCUCAGUCACCUCGCCCUCAGUCGCCACAUUUGGGUCACCACCAUUACUCCUCUUCGCCCUCAUCAUCUUAUCUCUCCUCUCAUCCUUCUGGACCCAAUAGUAGCCAUCAUCAUCAUGGAUCAUCGUAUUAUAAUCAAUCAUCAUCGGCGACAUCUUCGCACCACCAUCCUCAACAGCAACAACAGCAUCCUUUGCAUCAAGGUUCUCCUGCCCCAAUGGAAGAACGUCGUUUCCAUUCAGCCCCCAUUCCUGUACGACAUCGUUCAUAAAUAAACAAGCAAAUCGAAUAGAUCAUUAUAGACCUUUAUAUAGACUUUUUUUCUUUUUCUUUUUCUUUUUCUUUUUUUUUUUUUUUAAUUGUACAAACACC